AUGUCGAAAGAAAUGUUGGGCGGUUGUUGUGUAUGUUCAGAUGAAAGAGGUUGGACGGAAAAUCCGUUGGUGUAUUGUGAUGGUCAAGGUUGUACGGUUGCAGUCCACCAAGCUUGCUAUGGUAUUGUGACUGUUCCUACUGGACCAUGGUUCUGUAGAAAAUGUGAAAGUCAGGAAAGAGCUGCUAGAGUAAGGUGUGAAUUAUGUCCAUCAAAAGAUGGAGCUUUAAAACGUACUGAUAAUAGUGGAUGGGCACAUGUCGUGUGUGCUUUAUACAUUCCAGAAGUUAGAUUUGGGAAUGUCACUACUAUGGAACCUAUCAUACUUCAAUUAAUACCUUCAGAAAGAUAUAACAAGAUAUGUUAUAUUUGCCAAGAACAAGGAAAAGGGACCAAAAGUACAAUCGGAGCUUGUAUGCAGUGCAAUAAAACUGGGUGUAAACAACAGUUUCACGUCACAUGUGCCCAAGCCCUUGGUUUGUUGUGCGAAGAAGCUGGUAAUUAUUUGGAUAAUGUUAAAUAUUGCGGUUACUGCCAACAUCAUUAUUCAAAAUUGAAAAAAGGGGGAAACGUUAAGACGAUUCCACCUUAUAAACCUAUAACAUCAGCCGAUAAUGGAUCAUCAGAUUCAUCCCCUGAAAAAGAAAGUGAAGCUUUUGGAAAAUCUAGUGGUAAAAAGAAAGGUUAUUUAUCAACAAAAACCGUCACGUCUGGAACGAAAUCAAAAUCCCACAGUCCGAAUCCUUCACCCGUAUCGGAACCUGCUUUCGGUUUAAACAGCAGCGGAGAAUCUGAUAAAGAUAGGACGUCGAACGGCGAAGUCAUAACAUUAAAAAUAGGAACUACCAGUUCUCACGUUAACAGUUCGAUUAAAGAAAGUUCUCAAGAUGGUACGGAAUUGAAAAAGAAAUUUACCACGAGUAAUUUUACCGAAACCGUUGUGACUGAAAGCGAACCUGUUUUCGGUUCGGAUACUUUAAAAACGACUGAUGCUUCAUUAGAUUUCAAUAAAAGUAUAAAAAAAAGAAAAGGCAGUAUUGGAAACGUAACAUCUCCAGUGAAAUCAGAAAAUGCUUCAUCUGAGGCUUCCGGAAGCAAUGCAACAAAUUCAUCUAUUUCGACUUUGUCAAGUAGUAGUACCGCUAGUAUUGUAACAACCAUUAAAAAUCCCACUGUCAGUAUUACUAAUUUGAAAACCAAUACUUUGACAUCCGCAUCUAAAAGCAUUAACUCAUCAGGUCUUAGCAAAUCAUCCGGACUAACAUCAGGUUCUAAAACAAAUUUAACGGUUACAGGAUCGGGAACGAAAAUUACAAUAUCUGCCCAAAGAGACGUAGAAAGUAAAAAUGAUAAUUUUAGCAGACUAAAGACUGAUUCAUCGUUGGGUGGUUUGCAAACAGGUAAUUCUAGUAAUUCUGCUUUAAACACAGUUAAUUCAGUUAAUUCGAGUAUUUCGUCGGAAAAACUGACCGAAUCUCAAGCCUCACCCAAUCAUCGAAUGUCAUUUAACGGAAAUCACCUUGAUUGGAAACAACAAUCGAGUUCAAGUUCCGACAUUCAACCCGCGAAAAGAGCCAGAUCGUCUUCCUCGGAUAAAAGUAAAAAAAAUAAAAGAAGUCAAAAUUCACAGCCUCCUAAAAGAAUCGGACGAACGUCUUCGGGAAGCGGGGAAACUGCCGUAAGAGAUUUAAAGGAUUCCUCGCCGGGAAGUCCCGAAGAUUCUCGAAAAAUAAUUAAAAAAAAAACAACAACAACAACAACGUCCGUUAUAAAGCAGGAAGAAAAAGAUGUUAAACCGUUAAUUCCCAACGCCAUGAGCGUUCCACACAUGUUGGGCAACCAGUUAAAUCCAAAUUCUUCGAUGGCUCAAAAAAUGCACGAUAGUUUAAAUCAAGAAGUUGAAGCUCAUAGUAUUUACACGUCGGAAACAAAUUCUAAUUUAAUCGGUCCUCAACUACAUAGUAAAAUUGUGGCUUCGGCGCGGGCUUCGAACGCGGAAAGAAAUGCAAAUUCGGCGUCUCUCUCCGCGGCAAACAGUUUAUUAAGUUUAGGGAAUCCAUCUAGUUCUUCGAGUUCGACAUCGAAUAGCACUUUGUCAUCUCAAGGUCCAACUCAAGCGCAAAGUUUAGAACAAUUGUUGGAAAGGCAAUGGGAACAGGGAAGUCAGUUUUUGAUGGAACAAGCGCAGCAUUUCGAUAUUGCAUCUUUACUAUCCUGUCUUCAUCAAUUAAAGGCUGAAAAUUUAAAAUUAGAAGAGCACGUUAAUAGUUUAUUGCAAAGAAGAGAUCAUUUGUUAGCUGUCAAUGCGAGACUUGCGGUACCCCUAAAUACUCAACCGACUCCAGUAAGCCAAACGACGACUCAUCCGCAAAAUAGUAGCAAUUCCGCUCAACAACAAAACGAUAGAGGGAGUCAUAGACAACAGUAUGGUGGAAUGGAAAACGGCCUACCUCCCGAGCCUUCACAAAAUUACGUAGGGCAUAAUAGAACCACGAGUCAGUCAAGUCCUACGAUAAGGCAUAAUCCUUCGAACGCGACGACGAUUUAUAAUCAAACGAAUCAGACUGGAAACAUUCGGAGUGCCGAACGUAAUUCAUCGGGAAUGGAAGGAGCCAACAGGAGAAAUAAUCCGUCUUAUCAACAUAAUCAAAAUUACAGCACGUCGGGUCAGGUUCCCGUGGUGACGUCACCAUCGCACCUAGUUGAAAAGGCUUUAAAUAAAUUGGCAGCUGAAGACAAUCUAUCGUAG